AUGUCUUACCAACAACAACAGUGCAAGCAGCCCUGCCAGCCUCCUCCUCCUUGUCCUCCUCCAAAGUGCCCAGAGCCUUGUCCUCCCCCUAAGUGCCCAGAGCCUUGUCUUCCUCCACAGUGCCCAGAGUCUUGUCCUCCCCCAAAGUGCCCUGAGCCUUGCCCCCUUCAGCCAUGCCAGCAGAAAUGUCCUCCUGUGCAACCUCCUUCAUCCUGCCAGCAGAAGUGCCCACCCAAGAGCAAGUGA